GUGAACUUAGCGCGCAAAACUUGAAUUUAGGCGUGAUGUCGCGCUCCAUCCUGCGUGCCCUGAAAUCGUUAUCCGCUGUUGGUCCAUCCGCCAUUCGGGCAAUUCCGAGAACAACGCAUUUCACUUUACUUCGAGUGCAAUCACGAGCUCCACUAUUUUCAACAGUUCAGAAGUGGUAUUCGUCGCAAGGUAAGGUGUUCAACAGUGUGCCGUAUUUCGUUUAGUUGAUAGACACUUCACAGAAGUGCUUUCGAAGGAGAUAAAACAAGAGAAAGAGAACGUUUACGAUAGCAGCCCACCCAAAGGAUUCUCUGUGGAAAAGUCUGAUGGCACUGAAAUAUUGCUGCGGAAGGAAUACUCAGAUGGCGUGUAUGGUUAACCUUUUCUCACUAAUGAUUGUGGUGCAGUUGCGUGGAAAUAGAAGUCGACCUUGCGGGGAGCGUCAAUCCUGAGUUUGAUGAAGCUGAAGACGAGUUAUCUGAGAAAAAAGAGGAAGCGCCAACUUUGGAGGCCCGCCCAGACAUCCGGAUCCGUCUGGUGAAACCAACUGGACGUUCGGUCAUUUUCAACUGUAGCUUCCCUUCCGGUGCCACACGGCAGCAAGCCUCCUCUGAGAACAGUAACAUCCCUACCUAUUCCGUGGACUCCGUGGAAAUGGAACGUCUCCCAGGCUACUUUGUCUACACUGACCUAUUCGAUGAUAACAUGUAUGACCACACCAUGCAGCUCCUGAUGGAAAGAAACUUGGACGCUAAAUUUCAGGAAGAACUCCAGGAUUUCUGCACAUCCGAAGAACACAAAUUGUACCUGAAAUUUCUAGACGAAUUCCACGCUUAUUGUAGAGAUUAAACGACAGUCACCUCUCGUUCGUAGCUUCGACUGGAGGAGCAUUUCACGACUGUGCAUCUCUUUUUACAUAAUAUUUAUUGAAUCGUGCUCUUUGUUUUAUCCAACGAGUUCCACUCUUCUCAGUCACCAGAACGUAGUAAAUCUCUCAUACGGUAAUUUCGGAA